CGGGGGGGGCGGGGGCGCGGCGCGGGCGGCCCCUCCCCCUGCCCAGCUCCGGGCGGGCGCCGAGAGCGGCCGGAGUUUCCGCGCCCGGGAGGGAGAUGCGGCCGCCGCUCGGGCUCCUUGCAGAUUUCUAACCAGCAUAAUGCUGGAGGGAGAGGCUGGCAGCCGGCAGCUUGCACAAUGGCCGAGCUGGACGCGGAUUUGGACCACAUCCUUCCAUCUUCGGUUCUUCCGCCUUUCUGGGCUAAGUUAGUGGUGGGAUUUGUUUCCGUCGUGUGUUUCGCGCGUAGCUACGAUGGAGAUUUUGUCUUUGAUGAUUCAGAAGCUAUUGUUAACAAUAAGGACCUCCGGGCCGAGACGCCCCUCGGGGACCUGUGGCAUCAUGACUUCUGGGGCAGCAGGCUGAGCAGCAACACCAGCCACAAGUCCUACCGUCCCCUGACCGUCCUGACUUUCAGGAUCAACUACUAUCUGUCUGGAGGCUUCCACCCCAUGAGUUUCCACGUGACCAACAUCCUCCUGCACGGGGGCAUCUCCGUCCUCAUGCUGGAUGUCUUCUCUGUGCUGCUCGGCGGCCUGCAGUACACCAGUAGAGGCCGGCGGUUGAACCUGGCCCCCAGGUCGUCCCUGCUGGCCGCUCUGCUCUUCGCCACGCAUCCGGUGCACACGGAGUGUGUUGCUGGUGUUGUCGGCCGUGCAGACCUCCUGGGGGCCCUGUUCUUUCUGUUAUCUUUCCUGGGCUACUGUAAAGCGUUUAGAGAAACAGGUAACAAAGAGGGAACACAUUCUACAUUCUGGGUCCUGCUGAGUAUCCUUCUGGGAGCCGUAGCCAUGCUGUGCAAAGAGCAAGGGAUCACUGUGCUAGGUUUGAAUGCCAUCUUUGACAUCUUGGUGAUAGGCAAAUUAAAUGUUCUGGAAAUGGUCCAGAAGGUACUACAUAAAGACAAAUCAUUAGAGAACAUUCGCAUGCUCAGGAACGGGGGCCUCCUCUUCAGAAUGACCCUUUUGGCCUUGGGGGGCGCAGGGGUGCUCUACGUGCGCUGGAAAAUCAUGGGCACGGGCCCGCCCGCCUUCACCGAGGUGGACAACCCCGCCUCCUUCGCGGACAGCGUGUUGGUCAGGGCCAUAAACUAUAACUACUACUAUUCACUGAACGCCUGGCUGCUGCUGUGCCCGUGGUGGCUCUGUUUUGAUUGGUCGAUGGGCUGCAUCCCCCUCAUUAAGUCAGCCGGCGACUGGCGGGUAACCGCGCCAGCAGCUCUCUGGUUGUGCCUAAUUGGCCUCAUAUGCCGAGCCCUGUGCUCUGCAGACAGGCACAGCAGAAGGAUCCUUACGCUGAGCCUGGGAUUUCUCAUUAUUCCAUUUCUUCCUGCAAGUAACUUGUUCUUCCGAGUGGGCUUUGUGGUUGCAGAGCGAGUCCUCUACCUCCCCAGUGCCGGGUACUGCAUGCUGCUGACUUUUGGAUUCGGAGCUCUCAGCAAACACACUAAGAAAAAGAAAUGGAUUGCUGCUGUCGUCCUGGGAAUUUUAUUCAUAAACGUGCUGAGGUGCGUGAUUCGCAGUGGUGAGUGGCGGAAUGAAGAACAGCUCUUCAGAAGCGCCCUGUCCGUGUGUCCGCUCAAUGCCAAGGUUCACUACAACGUUGGCAAGAACCUGGCCGACAGAGGCAAUCAGACAGCCGCCAUCAGAUACUACCGGGAAGCCGUGAGACUAAAUCCCAAGUACGUUCAUGCCAUGAAUAAUCUUGGAAACAUCUUAAAGGAGAGGAACGAGCUGCGGGAAGCAGAAGAGCUGCUCUCCUUAGCCGUGCAGAUACAGCCGGACUUCGCGGCCGCGUGGAUGAAUUUAGGCAUCGUUCAGAACAGCCUGAAACGCUUCGAAGCCGCCGAGCAGAGUUACCGGACGGCGAUCAAACACAGGAGGAAGUACCCCGAUUGUUACUACAACCUCGGGCGGCUGUAUGCGGAUCUUAACCGCCACGUGGAUGCCCUGAACGCAUGGAGGAACGCGACUGUGCUGAAGCCGGAGCACAGUCUGGCUUGGAACAACAUGAUCAUACUGCUCGACAACACAGGUAAUCUAGCCCAAGCCGAAGCAGUUGGAAGAGAGGCCCUGGAAUUAAUACCUAAUGAUCAUUCUCUGAUGUUCUCGUUGGCAAACGUGCUGGGCAAGUCCCAGAAAUACAAGGAAUCUGAAGCUUUAUUCCUCAAAGCAAUUAAAGCUCAUCCAAAUGCUGCAAGUUACCAUGGCAAUUUGGCUGUGCUCUAUCAUCGUUGGGGACAUCUCGACCUGGCCAAAAAGCACUACGAAAUCUCUCUGCAGCUUGACCCCACUGCAUCAGGAACCAAGGAGAAUUACGGUCUGUUAAGAAAAAAGCUGGAACAAAUGCAAAAGAAAGACGUCUGAGCCUCUCGUCUGCAUUUUUGUUGGUUUGCGCGCAUGAAGCCUAUCAUUAAUAUUACGUGGUUAUGUUUAACCAUUUAAAAGUCUUACAUGUUGUUUAUUUUAUUCUGUUUUUUUUUCUGUGAAAACAAAGACAUGCAAAAAGAUUACAGCACCAGCAAUAUACUCUCGAAAGCUCGAUGUGGUUUUUGCAUUGAAAUUGUAUUUUUUCAGACGACUCCAAUGUAAAUUCUCAAAUUCCAAGAGUGAAAUCUUUUUUAAUUAAAAAGAAAAAAGGAAAAAAAAUUACCUGGAGUGAUGUGCAGUAGAAUGAAACCUGCACGGGGGGUGUGAGCCUUGAAUAGAGACUAGCGCUAUUAUAGGUCGGUCGUGAGCAAGGAAUGACAAACUGACUCCAAUUUAUAUAAAUAUUGAAUGUGUCUGUAUAUUUGAAUUUUUAUUUAAUGACAAGAAAGAA